GCCCCUGGGGGUGGGGCUCAGCCGCAGGUGCCCCCAGCACGGCCCUCCCGUCCGUCCUCCCCCCCCCCGCCUGUGGCCAGAGUACACAGGACCCCAGCGUCCUUGCCUCCCAGGGCAGGUGUGUGCUGACGCUGGGCUGGACGUCUGGCUGUGCAGUGGCCCUGCCAGCUCCAGGCUGGUGUUCAGGGGCAGUCAUCCCUUGGAGCCACUCCGGGCCUCCCCCCAACUGGGCAUGCAGCUCGAGCCCCUGGCCAGCAUGUCUGGUCGCCACGGCAGGCUGACGGACAAGGACAGCACAAGGCGGCCCUGCCCAGGCGGGGAGCAGGUCUCCAUGACGCAGUCUUACUUCCUGGGCCACUGUUUUCUCACGAGCGUCGUCUCUUCUCCAGAAGUGUGCCCGCUGGGGCAGGCGCCGGCCCCUCCCACGUGUGGCCCCGCGGCCGGUCCAUCCUGAACCCACGGGGGUGAGGGGUGGCCGGUGAUGUCCCCGGCGCCUGGCCCUCCACCCCUGGGGGGAUCCGGGUGGAGCUCCCGCUCCUGACAGCCGCCUGGCCCACCCCAGAGGCUGGAAUCUGUCUCUCCCUCUGUUCUGCCUCUCAAAUAUUUUAAGAAUUUUUGCUUUGGAGCAGGGUCCACGCCUGUUUCCCCCAGGGCUCCCCCAACACCUGGGACCUGGCCCAGUCCAGCUGGAGGGGCCGCUGGGGAGAGAAGCACUGGACAGGAGCUCUCCCGGGAGACCUCGGCCCUGACCAGUUCACUCAGGCCCCGUGGUGGCCUGCGGUGGAUGCCGAGCCCGUCACCACUGCCACUCAGUUUCUCUCCCGAGGGCCGCCGGGGCCGCCAGCAUCUUCCAGAUGCUCGCUGCUCGAAGAGUUUUGCAUUAACUGAAAUGUUUGGUUUUUUAAGGAUGUGUUUAUUUGAAAGGCAGAGCUACGGAGAGCAGGAGGUGAUCAGUAGAGCUACAGCCUGCCGUGCCGGCUCCCAUGUGGGCGUUGGUUCCAGUCCUGGCUGCUCCACUUCCUGUCCAGCUCCCUGCUGUAGCUGGGAAAGCAGAGGAGGCUGGGGCAGGGGCUUGGCCCCCGCACCACGUGGGAGGCCCAGGAGAAGCUCCUGGCUCCUGCCACAGCCUGGCCCAGCCAGGGGAGUGAACCAGUGGGCGGAAGACCCCUGUCUCUGUCUUUUAAAUUAAUGACAACUGAAAAAUAAACACCUGAGACCAUUCCCGUGUGGAGAUCCCAUCUGCUCCAUGUGCCGACUGCGGCCUUCCGUGGUGCUUGUGGGGGUCACGUGGGGCCACGCUGUCUUCCUGGGGGUGGGCGGCCAGCCAGUGGACAGCCCUGCGGGGCCUGAGGCCGGGCCGCGAGCCUCUUGUGCCCACAGCAAGGGGCCCUCAGUUUGCCAAAGUCUAAGGGGGGCGUCCACCUUGGGUCCCCUCAGGGUGGAGGCCAGGGAAACCUGACUUCCUUGGCAGACCCACAGCAUCCUCGGCGGGUCCAGUCCCUAGCGCAUCUGUAGCCAGUGAUGUGUACUGGCCUCCAUGGCUGAGUGGCCAGGGUGGGGUCUCCGGCAGCACUGCCCGCCCAGACCCCGUGUCCCCCGGGACCCGGGCAGAGCCGGGGCUGAGAUCUCUGGGGGGGGCAGCUCCUCGUCUGCUGGCCGGCCUGCCAGGUCUCAGCACACGCAUGCGCACAGGUCACACGCGUGAUGGCCGGACCCCCACCCCAGGCCCUCUCUGUACCUCAGGGGCUUUGGGAGAGUGACCACAUGGUGGCCAGGUGCAGAGCUGGCCUCUCCCCAUCCCCAGCGGCCUAGGCCUCUAAGGCUGGGGAUUUCCCUGCCCUGAGCCUGGGGGGAGGAAGGGGAUUUCCACCCUCCCCUGCCAUCAUGUGGGGUGCGGGGCAGACCCCUGCCCGAGCCUUUCCUCUAGAAGCAUGGAUUGAGAGAGCGGUCCCGCCCCGCCCCUCCCCCGCAGCCCUUAUAGCCACAUCCUGCAAGGAGAGCCUGCAGUCCCACGUUCACAGUGAUGCCUGUGGGGGCCUGGCCCGCAGCGCUCGGCUUGGCCCUGCUGCUCCUGGGGCUCCUGCUGGGUGCCGAGGCCAGGCCGGACUGCGUCGGGGACACCUACCCCGGCGGGCACCGGUGCUGCCAUGAGUGCCAGCCAGGCUACGGCAUGGUGAGCCGCUGUGACCACAGCCAGGACACCAUCUGCCGCCCGUGCGAGCCCGGCUUCUACAACGAGGCCGUCAACUACGAGGCCUGCAAGCCUUGCACACAGUGCAACAGGAGGAGCGGGAGUGAACCCCAGCAGGAAUGCACCCGUACACGAGACACCGUCUGCCGCUGCCGGCCAGGCACCCAGCCCCUGAACGGCUACAAGCACGGAGUGGACUGUGCCCCCUGCCCCCAGGGCCACUUCUCCGAGGGCAACAACCGGGCCUGCAGGCCCUGGACCAACUGCACCUUAGCUGGGAAGCGGACACUGCAGCCGGCCAGCAGUGUCUCGGACACUGUCUGUGAGGACAGGAGCUCCCUGGCUACGCGGCCCUGGGAGACCCCCAGUGCCCCUGCCCGGCCCCCCACGGCCAGGACUUCCACAGCCCGGCCCAGGACGCCCCAGGGUCCCUCCACACCCACCUUGGAGGCCUCCAAGGGCCCCCAGCUGGCCAUUGUCCUGAGCCUGGGCCUGGGCCUGGGCCUGCUGGCCCCCCUGGCUGCUCUGCUGGCCCUGUACCUGCACCAAAGGGCCUGGAGGCCCCCCAAGCCCCCUGGUGAGUGUCCACUGUGGAUCCAGCCCAGACCAUCCCUGGGGGCUGAGGCCCCUCCCACCUCUGGCUCUUUCCCUCUCCCAGGAGGAGGAAGCUUCCGGACCCCCAUCCAAGAGGAGCAGACAGAUGCUGGUUCGACAAUGGCCAAGAUCUGAGCAGCAUCGCCGGGGAGGGGGCUGCACCCAGCCAGGCUGGCCCUCAGGGGGUAGGGGGGCCAAGGAGCAGGCCUCCGCCCACGCCCCUGGUGCCGUUUUAGGUGCUGUGCUCCGGGCUCUCCCAUGUGUGUUGUGCACACUCCCUGCCCAGGUCAUUCACCCAAUAAACACGCCUGCAACCACUGGUCUGUGACUCGGCCCCGUGGGGGGGCUGGGGUCCCACGUCUUGGGGAGGCCAGAGCUGCAGC